GUGGCACGUCCUCUUCGUCGAUGCGCUCGCCGGCGGCCGCGGAUCAGUCGUCCUUCUGUAGCACCAUUCCCGUGCAAGAAAGCUUCGGCUUCGCCGAGGACGUCGAUCCAGGCGGGCAUGGCUACGCUCACCGGCUAGACGCAGAGGCGGAGAUCGUGGCUCAAGAUGGGGCUUCCAACUUGCAAGGCGCAGGAGACGUGGUUGUAAAAGAGCAAUGCGCUGCACCCGCACCGACGGCGACGGCACCAGGCGAAAUCUGCGUCGCGAGAACGGUCUCUGUUCAUGAAGAAGAUAAUGUUGACGCCAACGAAAACAACAGCGAGGUGCCUGCUCGUGGUGCUGUGUGUGCUGCUGUUGAUUCUGGACAGACAACAAAUUUUUCAGUCGAAGAAAACCGAAACGAAAACGUGACUGGCGUCACGUCGAGGAAACAUAGCAAAGAGCAACCGGAAGUGGAGAUGAAGAACCGGAAGCAGGCGGAGCGGCAUGCUUCUGGUUCGCUGGAAGAUGCGCCUCCAUCUAGUAGCGAAUCGCGUACAACACGGAACUGUGCGCAACAAGCGGGACUAGAGAGAGAGCAGCCGCAGCCCGCCCCCGCCUCAGCCUGUGCACUAGAGGAACAGGAGAGAGCAGCGGCUGGCUCAGACACGAUCGAGUACCCACCUUCAAACGCUUCGUCGAAGACGAACACUGGGGCAACCGCAGCAGGUAUUUGUCCUUCUGGCUCGUCUGGUAGCUCCGUCCUACCUGCGGGUACGGUCUCGGUACAACUUGAAGGUGGAUCGCUGGCGCAAAAUCUUCCAGCCGGUGAGAACACAAGAAUUCCGCAAACAACACUUUUUCCUCCAUCUCCGGGGCGGGUAGCACUUGCAGCACGGAACGAGUGUCGCGAGGAAGAGGACCAAACCGAUCGCACAAGAAACACCUCCCGCGAACCACCUUCGGCGUCGCCCGUUGAAAGUCAUGUAGCAGGUCGCAACUCGUCACGGACGAACACGUACUUCAAGAAGGCUUGCCCCCAACAACAAGGGCUGCACCAGGUCUCCGCAGCAAACGCAGGCGCAGGCGGACAGGGCGGCUGGGAGUCCCUGAUGAGAGAGCUAAAGCGGCAUGAAAAUGACCUGGAACCAUAUCUCGAAAAUGUCGCUCCACCCGGACCGCAAGUUUCGUGUGGAACACUUGGAACAAUGGGUGGUCCGGGUUGUAAGCUCGCUGGGAGUGUUGCGCCCGGUAGUAUGGCUAUCAGCAGGAAGCCCUUGUUCUCCAGCAACGCUAAGAGGACUCACAUGCUCGGCGACUAUGACCACGACCACAUUAAUAGCAGAACGACAAAAGCGCCACGCUCGCCGCUCCUGGACCCAAAGCUUUACAUCGAAAACAUAAUUCUCCGCUCGACUCUGCGAGUGCCACCAACUUCAGCGCGAGAACAGGGCACAAUCACUCAUCAUGUGCAGGCGGAGAGCGCGCGCAGCGAGGAUGCGGAGCAGAGUACCGACAUCAUUCAGGAGUUUCUUGGUGAAGCCGCGGUGGAGCGAGGGCGCGCGGAAGGCUCAACAAGCCAACAGAAGAUCCAUGCUAGAGCUAGCGAUCCAGCAAUGAAGAACAACAUGCAAGAGGACGACGCAACAGCACGCGCGCCAUCGAACCCUGCUGACGCAAACCCAAACACAAGCAGUAAAGGAUACCACUCGGCGGCAGAUGUCUUCAAGCAUGCUGCAAUUGAACAAGAGGGAAACGAUCACGAUCAGCGGCCGCUCGUGCCGCGCCUCGCUGCGUUGUCUUUGCAGCAGCAGCAGCAGAAAAGACAAUCUCAAAGCUACUCUAACAUGAUGUUACCUGCUCGUCUACCUCUAGGCACCAGUCAGGCCGGCAGGGAAACCGAGCAGCUGAUCGCCCACGGGCCCUCGCUUCUGCCAGGAGAAAACAUUACACUUCGCGUUCCUGGUGGUGCACCGCCCGCAGGAGGUGAACCGAUUUUCAUACCUGAUCCAAUUCCCGAGGAGUCCGCGGGGGAGCGAGAUUGGUCUCCUCGUGAACAAGAAGGGCUUGACUGCUCGAGCCAGCUCUCGCGGUCGGUCAAUCUCUUGCUAUUGGAAGCAGACUCGUUGUCGCCGCAAGUCGGACGGGAUUCUCAACAACUCGAUCGCCAGCAUCGAGGCGAAUUCUACCAUCGCACACAGAAUUUGAAUUCACCGCGACACCAUCGGGAAGCAACUAACAACUUUGAAGAUCAAACGACGCAGCACCAACUUCCUCUAGGAGUGAAGGAAACAUCGGCCACUGCCUCAUCAACACUACUUGUGACGACGACAAACACCAAUGAACUUCGCAGUGACGCAGCGCUAGGGACAGUGAUGCUGUCAAAAGAAAAAGAACCUUCCAGUUCGGCAACAACGCUGCAGAACCUGCUUCCUCUGUUGCGGAACCCAGCCGCGCUUGCCCUCAAUCCACACGAUCUGCGACUGCCGUUCACGUUGCGGAUCAAACUGUUCAUCCUUGAUUCGCCACACGACCUUCCCGCUGCUCACUCGUCUUCCUGUUCGCUCUAUCACGAACCCGAAGUGGUGAUGAGCAAAACCAGCACAACAAGAAGAACAGCGGCGCCUUCGACGUCAUCCGUCCGGUUGGUGAACGGCAACCACGGUGGAGAGCAGAUGUUGAGCCGUCCUUCACACAGUGUGCUCAGUGGCUCAGCGUCCCAAGAAGGCGUACUUGAACGAAGUAACCCUCACCGUCACCGUGCUGCAGCAUCAUUUUCUCAUCAACAGUGGGCCGCUAAUCAGGAUAGCGGCGCACCAACUACCUUGAGUUCCUCCCGACGACCGUACCAUGCACCAGAAAUGGUUCCCAGCACGCCUAUCGUCCUCGAACAACAGCACGCGGGUGGCAGGUUGGUCCCUCUGCGACAGCAGAGUGAAUACCACGCGACAUCGUCAGCGCCGCUGCUCAGCAAGCAAAUUGGAAUCGCAAAUGACGGAACAAGAACUGCGGAAAUCGACUCCAGUUUUACGAGUUAUACGCAGGAGCAUGACAACUCCAAGGCCGGCGGAGAACCGGCAGCAGAAGGACAUCAAACACCGCAUCAAGAGCAUAACUCUGACGAUCUUCACGUACGGAAACAGCGGCAUAGAAGCGAGCAACACCCAUCAGGACUGCAGCCGUGUUCGUCGACAAUCUCUGUGCCGCAGACAAAGCGCAAGACACCAACUGUCGUCCAGUCUUGUGUAAUGCCCGACAGCGGUUCGCAGGUGCAAGGAAUAGGGAAGGAAAGCGGAAGGCAACUGCAAUCUUACGACCGGAACGACAUUCAUGCGGCUGAUGCGCACGAGUCAGCGUUACCAGGAGCACCUCCGCAGCAGCCCCAAGGGCAACAAAAAAGCGACGCCACCUAUCCAACGAUCGGGUCAGCUGUGCAUUCAGCAGACGGAAAUCGUAGAACUAGAAACAGCUCCUCCGUGCGCAGAGCGCGCCAAUUGCUAUCCAGCAUCACAAGUUCCACGAAAAGGGAUUAUGGAAAGGAUCGAUCGGGUACUACUAGCAAUCGGCGUUGUGUAAACAACACUUCUUCAGCCGAUCAACACGACGCCCGGAGGCCUGGCGCGCUAAGAAAAACGCACGAGCGCAGAAGUACGCGGCAGGUUGCAGAAAAUCGAACUGCCUCUCUGCAUCGAGAUCGAUAUGAGCACCGCGGGCGAGAAUUGAUUUCUUGUAGAAGGAGCACAGCUCGUCGUGGUCGACGCGAUUCUUCGUCCUCCUCGCGGAACAGAAGUUAUUCCCGUGCUUCGCCUGAUGCGAGUCCAUAUUCCUCGCCAGCUUCCAGUGCCAGCAGCGGCGGAAGCUCUUCGACAUCCAGUGCGACCUCGCAGAGCUACUGCAGCAGCUCGUCCUCGAGAAAUGGGCCGGAAGACGACAUAGUCAUAGAAGAACGUCGUCCUACGGGCACUGGUGCUGCCACGAACAGAGGUAACGGUAACCACAAGGGAAGGCGCACCGAUCUGCUCCUCGAGCGCAGACUUCAUUCGCCAACAAGAACGAAGAAGAAAAGGACAAGUUGUGAUGGGACACCUGCUGGUGGGACGACCACGACACCGAUUAGUGGCGGUGUUAGCGUCGCAGAAUUUACACGCGGAUUUGAACAGGACGAGGACCAACAAGGUGUAUUAGCCGAUCAAGAGGAGGAUUUUGCACGCCCUGAUUAUGUGGCCGCCGACACUCUGGACGACCUCGAGGUCGAGACCGACAAGGACACAGUAGCGGCAACCCUUUCGGAAGUAAGCAACAUAUACGAGGAGCAACGGCGCCGGUGGUAUCACACUCCCAGCACGAGCAGCCGACCUGCGAGCCACCGGGCUACAACACGACUUUUACCACCUGCCGGAGCCGUAUCUAGUACUUGCGGUCCUCCUGCUACCGCUAAACGAAACAGUAAGGCCAGCGCCGUCGCAGCACGACAUGGUGAACAAGAUUCGACACUCGAAGCGUCCUCUUUUGAUGACAUCCCUCAGCGUGUUGUGCGAUCUGCCGCAGCUUCCAGUAAGAACUACAGGAGUGACGACAGGUGGGCGAGCAGCACGUGGGUCGACGUCGGCAGGGCCAAAUUCAUGGAAGGACUUCACCAGGCAGCAAGUCCGGAUGAUGAACAGGAAGAUUUUUUCGAGGACGAAAAGACGGUAGACUGUUUUUACCAUCGUCCCAAGACAGUGUUGACAGCUUCUGCCUCUGGAUCUUCAUCUUCAGCAUGCAGGAAAAAUACUGCGAGGUCCUCAGCGGUCGCGACACGGGCACGGCCGGAGGCAGCUGUGUUAGAAGUUCUGCUCCCGCGCGGUGCCAGACUCGGCGAAGAAUUCGUCGUCCCGGUGCCUAGCCGAUGGGACUCCAGACAGUCCACGUUCGGAUUUUUUGUUGCCGAAACCGAUAUUAGCGAGCAGGAUGCGGUGCACGUAAAAACCGUGGUGUUACCACCACCGGAGAACGGUGCAGCUGACAACCGUGCGUGCUCGACGUCGACGGGGAAAUCGAACUUUUUCCAAGACGCGCUACAGGGGCCGGUCCCCGCAAGAUAUGAGGACCACGAGGAAACUAUUCCAAACGACAACAAAAUUGUUUUCAAAGGAAGCAUCUCCGCCGAGGGGGACGUCGUUGCAUCUGUGCGUGGGAAAGAAGCCCACCUCUUCAACCUGAAAGAAAUCUUCGAAGCUGCCAGAAGCACAAGUCUUUAGUUAAGCAGUCAGAUUUGCUUAUUGCAGCUGAAGAGAGAAUAGAGUGCAUAUCCAUUGCUAAAUGAAUAAUGCCUCCCUCUGCCCGACUUCGAGUCUUUUUCGAUUUCCGACUCUCGUCGAUGAACAAGAAGUGUAUGAUCUGAGUCUAUGUCUUAUCUCCUCUGGGUCAUGGUCUCUAACCCUGGUCUCAUUACUACAGCGACACAGUAACAGACAGCCACAGCUACAAAGAAGACUGACCACCUCGGCCAGCUUCUGUGUCAUUAUGCCCUCCUUUGGGCCGCGGUAGUGGGUGCGUCUAUAACCGCCGCAGAAGGGCGCGACUCUUAGGAACACGAGGUGAAGGUCCUCGACUUUACAAAUGAAUGCUCCUACGACAAAAUGCUUCAAUUCUGUUCGUUUUUGGUUUUGCUUUAUCAGCUUUUACUUCCGGUUUGUUGCCACCGUGAAUGAAAGAUGCGAAACAUAGUUAGAGUAUGCCGAUGUUGUACUUGCUGGGGGUGGAGCAGGUGUAGUUUUGGCACCUCCACGUCCGC